AUGGUGAUGAUCGGCAGCCCUUCUUGUGGAGGAGCUCCCAAGAGAAGAGCGUUGAGCAGAGGAGUGGGCGGUGCGAUCAGAGAGCAGAGAGCUAGGCUCUACAUCAUCCGGCGAUGCAUAGUCAUGCUCCUGUGCUGGCACGAUUGA